AUGUCCCUCGUCGACACCGCCCGCGCCGUCAGCGAGAAAUGUGGUUACUACCGCCGCAGGACGAAGCACCCUUGUCCUCGGACCCGUCCCACGCCGGCCAGCUGGCUGCAAGCGGUCUACUCCUGGCGCUCGGAGGUCCAAUCGUCGAAAGAAGGACAUUUUCCCUCGCCCCCUGCAGUUCUCGCCGCGCGCCCUUCCUCCGCUCCUCCUCCUCCGCCACCGUCCUCCGCCAAGGUCAACAUUCCGCGGAAGACGUUCAAGAACUCCGGUGGCCCCUCGUCUGACGGCACGACGCACGUGCACCAAACGCUCACCUUCCUAGCUCUCCUGCUUUCUCCCCGAAUCGAGUGCCUAGAAGCGACCGUCAUCGCCAGCUACCACGCGGACUCUCACACGGACGUCGACGCCCCCGCGAUCGUCGACGGCCUCGUCGCCGCCGUCGGGAGCCUCCCCGCGCUCCGGGUGCUCGCCGUCAGCGUCUUGUGCCAUCUCCUCGCGGACCCCCCAUGCGCGGCCGAGGCGUUCAUGCGCGCCCUCGACCUGGACGCGCUCGCGCGCCGGCUGUGCGUCGCGUGCCCCACGCUGCGGAUCGUGGUCGUUCUGCUCAGCGGGGUGCGCGGGCGCGCGAACGAGCGUGUGCAGCGUGGACCGUGGUGCGCGGAGUUUGAUCUGUAUGCGGACAGGAUGGGAAAUCCCGGGCACCGGGGUAUGGAACCAGUGGGGGAGAAGGUUCCUGUGGAACCACGCGAUACGGAACGUGAGGCUGGGGAGGUUGUCAGCGGGGGUGCUGUGCAGGACGAGUUGCGGUCCUCACGAGGGUAG